AAUAUGGUCCGGCCUCAACAACUAGUGCUAUAAACUAGAGAGAAGUCCCGUGUGCGGCUGUGCCUGAAACAAAGAGAGGGGAGCUAGAGGGGGAGAUGAGUUACACAGAGGAAACGCUGACUGAGAAGAGGGAGGUGGACUCCAUCAUCAGAGACACUCUCGACAAAGUUCUCGUCCUCCGCUUCGGCCGUUCUUCUGACCCCGUUUGCCUCCAACUCGACGACAUCUUGGCUAAAUCAGCUCGAGAUGUCUCGAAAUUUGCUCGUGUUGCAUUGGUUGAUAUUGAUUCAGAGGAUGUGCAGGUGUAUGUCAAGUACUUUGACAUCACACUCAUACCUUCGACAAUAUUUUUCUUUAAUGCACACCAUAUGAAGAUGGAUUCCGGGACUGCAGAUAACACUAAAUGGAUUGGAGCAUUUUACAAAAAACAGGAUUUCAUCGAUGUGGUUGAGGCUAUUUUUAGAGGAGCCAUGAAAGGCAAACUGAUUGUGACCUGUCCUUUGCCUCCUGAACGAAUACCAAAAUUCCAAUUAUUGUACAAGGAUGUGUAAAAGUGCAGGAUCUUGUCCAGAGAGAAGAUGAAAGCCGCCUCCUAGAGAUUUUUCAGCUUCCAACUUUAAGGUGGUGUUGAGGUUUUCAACCAAUGAAGAAAUUCACAGGUGAUUGUAAAGUCCAAUUGCACCCUCCUUUUAUUACUCCGAUCUGCUUAUGUAUAUUAAAAUAAAUUACAUAAUGAUGUUGUUGGCAAAGAUGUCUUUGGAGGAAGCUUUUAGAUGCCUAGUGAAUGUGUUGUAUGUGACCAUAAUUAUCGGUCAAAUGUUAUUCAAUAAUUCUUGUGCAGUUUGUAUGACCACGCUGAAGUGUUUUAAUCACCUGGUAUGCUACAAAGAUCAUAACCCUGGAGUCAUUCCUAUCCAAUGAGGAAUGUGGCCUUAAAGGCUAUUCAAAUCUCCUGAACUACAGACUAUUAAGGCUAUGUUCUUUUUACCUCAAUUUUCUUUAUUAGAACUAAUUGUAAAAUAAUUUGAUAGCUCUUAUUAUCUCAACAUUUUUUUGUUGGACGAAGUAACAAAGCCCAGAUGUCUGUACUUCCUCUUAGAAAGUUUUGUAUGGUUUGGGUCCACCAAAAGUUUAUUUUGAACCCAAGUCUAAGUUGCCCUUAUACUAUCUCCGUUUUAAUUUA